UUUUGUAGGUCUUUGCUUUUGAUGCAGUCAAACUUUUGACUCGUGUUCUUUUCAGAAGAUGAAGCUUAUAAAGGCAGUCCUAUGCAGUGAAAGAAGGAAUACAAAGACAAAAUCAGAAAUGCAAAAUCAAGCCUAUUUUUUCUUGGUUCUUCUAUCUCUUACUCACUCACUCUUUGCUUCUAGUAAUGAUGCAAAGUGUCAAUGUGAUGAAGCAAAAAUCAACCGUGGAGGUUUCCCAGAAAAUUUCUUGUGGGGUGCAGGAACAUCUGCUUACCAGGUUGAAGGUGCAUAUAAUGAAGGUGGUAAAGGUCCAAGUUUGUGGGAUAACUUCACUCAUGCAUACCCAGAGAAAAUUGUAGACCAAAGUAAUGGAGAUAUUGCUGUGAAUUCCUAUCAUUAUUUUGAGGAGGACAUAAAAAUCGCAAAAGAUUUAGGGCUAGAUGCAUACAGGUUCUCUAUCUCAUGGUCAAGGAUAUUACCAAGAGGAAAUCGAAAUGGAGGAGUGAACCAAGAAGGAAUUGACUAUUAUAACAACAUCAUCAAUGAUUUACUAGCCAAUGGUAUACAACCAUUUGUGACCAUGUUUCAUUUCAAUAUGCCUCAAGCCCUAGAAGAUGCAUAUGGGGGCUUCUUAAGUUUUCGAAUUGUGGCUGAUUUUCGAGACUUUGCUGAUAUUUUGUUCAGCAAAUUUGGUGAUAGAGUUAAGUAUUGGAUUACUUUGAACGAGCCAUGGACUUUCAGUAAUCAUGGCUAUGCAAUUGGUAGAUUUGCACCUGGUCGAUGUUCUGAAUGGCAGCAAAUAAAUUGCACUGGUGGUAAUUCAGGAACAGAACCAUAUAUUGUCACACACAAUCAACUUCUUGCUCAUGCAGCAGUUGUACAUUUGUACAGAACCAAAUAUCAGAUAUGGCAGAAGGGAAAGAUUGGAAUUGCACUUGCCGCAAUAUGGUUUGAGCCAUAUAAUUCAACGGAUGAAAAUUUAAUGGCUACAGAUAGAGCCCUUGAUUUCAUGUUGGGAUGGUUUAUGCAGCCAUUAACAUCUGGACAAUAUCCGCAAAGCAUGAGAGUUCGUGCUGGCAAUCGGUUGCCAAAUUUCAGCAACACUGAAAGGGAUUUGUUGAUACAGUCAUUUGACUUCAUAGGAUUGAACUACUACACUUCCAGAUAUGUUCUGGAUAAGCCUAAUUCAUCUAGCAUGAGCUACAUCAAUGAUUCUGAGGUUGAUAUUGUAGCUGAGAGAGACAAUAAGCCCAUCGGUGAAGUAUCAGUAAUUGGAAGUUGGCUCCAUAUCUACCCAAAGGGACUCAGAGAAUUGUUGAACUACAUGAAGAUGAAAUACAACAAUCCCACCAUUUACAUUACUGAAAACGGGCUUAAUGAGGCAAGAAAUGACAGUAUGACAAUUCUUGAAGCUAUCAAAGACGACAUAAGAAAAGACUAUAUCCAUGACCACCUAUGUUGUAUCCUACAAGCAAUUGAGCAAUUUGAAGUCACUGUGAGUGGCUACUUUGUAUGGUCAUUGAUGGACAAUUUCGAAUGGGCUUUCGGCUACUCAAUCCGCUUUGGCAUCCACUUUGUGGAUUACAAUGACGAGUUGUUUACAAGAUAUCCUAAACACUCUGCUUUAUGGUACAAAAGUAUACUUGUUAAAAAAAUUAAAAUAGCUCAGUCAAUAGUUUCUAAUGAUGCUAAAAAGGAUAGACAAAAAUAUGUACCAUCAAAUGUUUUCUAUCAUGAAUGAAAUGGUUCUUACCCCUUCUUUAAAACUUUUGAAGACUUUUUUUUCAGGCAACUUUUGAUGACAUUGAGGUAAGAAAAAGUUGUUGGAGCAUAAAAGCCUCUUGCAUCUGGUAAAAGCUGUUGUGCUUACUGAAUCUUUUUAUAUCCCAAUUUGCAAGUCGGCUAAAACAAUAUGAAUUAACAUUGGGUAGGGCUAUAUCCACAACCCUCUAGUCUAAAUUCACACCCUGUACAUCAAAAUGUCCAUAAAACCCACACUAUUUAUCAGGAUUUUAUAGGAACAUCUUCAAUACCAAAACUAAUCUUUUGUGGUGGAAAAAGAUGGAGCCAAUCAAGUUCAUUUUUUCCCCCCACUUUACUGCAUCAUUUUAUCGUCCCCUGUCCUUAGCUUCCAAUACUGAAAACUUAUAGUAGCAACUAUCAUCAUCAACUAAAAUAUACCAAAGCAUAGCAAAAAUUUACCAGAAAAAUACUAUUGAUAAUAAAAAAAACAAAAAUUUCAGGAUCAAAAUUGAAGAGUGAUAGUUGAUUUUCAAAUAUCUAUUGAUAAUAAAAAAACAAAUGAUGAUCAUGGCAAUGAUUUCAUAUUCACUUGGAACUAGAAGCUUGAAGUUCUCUAGCUGAUGAUAAUAGUUGUUGUUAUAGUUCGUGAAUAUCAGAAGGUAAGGAAUAGGAAUGAUGAAAGGACGCAAUUGAGUGGGGAAAAAAUAAACUUAAUUGGCGCCAACUUUUCUCACCACAAAAGGUUAAUUUUGGUAUUGAAAAAGU